GAGUCUCUCGUGAGGCUGGAUUAGCCACAAGUUGUGGUGAACCAGGGUAAAUUUGGUGUGCCUCUCACUCUUCUCUUUACAUCUCUUUUAAAUUUUUUAAUUCCUGCGAUUUCUACGAUCAAACGCUAUUCACCCCCCCCUCUAGCGUUGGUCUAUUAUUCUAACAAUUGGUAUCAGAGCCUAACUCGCGUCCAAACUUAACCGUUUGAGAGUAAAGCGAUCAUGGGUUCUUCUUCUAGAAAUCUUUAUGCAGGAAUUGGAGAAGGUCAAUCAACCUCUAGGCCACCGCUUUUUGAUGGCACCAACUACACAUAUUGGAAAGAGCGGAUGAGAAUUUAUAUCCGCUCAACCAACUUCCAGUUGUGGUUGGUCAUCAAAAACGGCGAAGAAACGCCAAUGAAGAAGGUCGGUGAAAAACUCGUCCCAAAGACCGAGGACGAAUUUGAUGCCGAAGACAUCAAAAGGGUUGAGAACUAUGCCAAGGCAAUCAACAUGUUGUACUGCGCGGUCAACCCCGAUGAUUAUCGCAAGAUCUCUUGCUGCACCACCGCCAAAGAAAUGUGGGACAAGCUGGAGGUCACAUAUGAAGGGACGGUCGAAGUGCAGAAUUCUGGAAAUCAGGGGGAACCAGCGAUGGGUGGGCUAUACCAUCGCUGGGAGGGAAGUCUUCACUUUUUCCAGAACCCCUCUUCCCAUCGAUGGCGAUUUCCCUAUCUAGACGGCUCAUUUCUUGAGUUCGGGUCGGAGGAAGAACUCACACGCUUCCUCAAUCACUUUGCCAAACGCCCGAUUUCUCCGCCCAGGGUGCUGCCCGAGCUAUACCCUCAACAAAAGGGGUACCACGACCUCGACAAUAAGCUUCAAGCGUCUGGUCUGUGGUCGUUCGUCUCCAGGAGCCGUCAGUCCUACAAUCCCGCCUUUGUCCAGGCCUUCUACUCCAAUCUCCGCCAUGACGGGGACACCAUACGCAGCAGCAUCAAUCUCUACGACAUAGAGAUUGAUUUGCCUACCUGUGCUCGGGUCGCAGGGCUGCCCAUCCGCGGUGACGACAUCGCGACUUAUGUGGACGGCAUGGGGCAGUCAAUCGAGCGGAUGGACUGGACGUUGCAACGCCAACACCAUGACAUGAUGGCAUACUUCCGUGGCGUCAACUACGUUCCGCCACCUUUCGACAGCACCAUUCUCGGCCAAAACUUUGAAAGCGAGGAUGAGGACGACGACUCCUAUGCUCCGUCCUCCUCCCCCGACGAGGCCAACUUUGAAGAUGCGGUCGACAGCGAUCCCAUGGACGUCAAGGACGACUAGGAUGACGACGAGGACUAGCACGCCGAUGCCUAGACUCUUCUUUUCUCUUCUCUCCUUACUAUGAUUGUAUUUUUUAUUCCCAUUCCGUUGUAUUCCGCAUUUCCCUUUUUAAUGAAUAAAAGUUUACUUUUAAAAUUCUAAAGUUUACUUUUAAUUCUUUUUGUUAAUGUCAAAAGGGGGAAGAUAUCACGGUUAUGCAUAAAUUGAGGGGGAAUUU